UAUUUUUAUAUUUCUCUUCAGGCGUGAGGCAGUGAGGGGUGCCCCGGGGACCAUCAACACAGGACAUCGUCAGAAGGAUGGCCACCUUGCUGCAACGUUAGUACACCGAAGAGCGAUACACAGUGAUUUACAGUGAUGUCAGAGUGUCGUAAGUGACCCUGGUGUGUGGCACCCAGGUCCUUGUUGUACACAGUGCCAUCAGGGGGCACCGGGAGGCUGGCUGACCAGACCCUUGUGGCACUCACCGGGUCAAAGAAAAAUAUUACAGAAAGCCAGGUGAUUGGAUAGACUUGUGUGGUUCUCUUUAAGCCACAUCACUCAGGUGGUUCCUACAGAGCCACAGGACUGGUGCGUCUCACAGAGCCACGGGACUGGUGCGUCUCACAGAGCCACGGGACUGGUGCGUCUCACAGAGCCACGGGACUGGUGCGUCUCACAGAGCCACAGGACUGGUGCGUCUCACAGAGCCACGGGGCUGGUGCGUCUCACAGAGAAAACGGGACUGGUGCGUCUCACAGAGCCACAGGACUGGUGCGUCUCACAGAGCCACGGGACUGGUGUAUCCAAUAGAGCCGUAGGACUCUGGUGCUUCCAUAGAGCCGCAGUACACCAGUGAGCACCAGGGGACCGUAAGACAGCUGCAGUGCUACCAACCUGUGCGCCCAAGAACCCAACACCCAGAUGGUAGCACUGUCUUACACCUGCUACUUAGAGUACAUUUCAUGUUUGAGGUAAUUCCGUUUAGUCUGCCACAAAACUGGUGUUCGCUGCCGUCUCAAAGACUGCUGGUAGAAGCGACAUGGAUGGUGGAGGCACAUGCGUAUCGUCUUGUCAGGAUUCGCCAAGAAAACGUAAGAAACCAUCGCGUUUAUCCUCGUCGUCGUCGUGGAUUACUGAAGAGAGUUGUGAUAUCGACGACCAGUCGCCCACCUGGGUGUACAUGACGGUGUGGGUGGCUGGGGUCCUGGUGUACGUCAACGGGCUGACGGGGGAGUUGGUCCACGACGACGUCAGUGCCAUCAAGACCAACCCGGACGUCCUCGGCACCAACCCGCUCUCUCACGCCUUCUUCAACGACUACUGGGGCAAGCCCAUGUGUGACCCGCUCUCUCACAAGUCUUACCGCCCCUUCACUAUCAUCACCUUCAGGAUCAACCACUCGCUCUUCGGGUUACGGCCGCUGGGGUUCCACCUGGUGAAUGUUCUGCUUCACUCGUGUGUGUGCUUGCUGCUGACGCGGCUCCUGCUUCGCCUGCUGCACCUGCCUCAAGGAACGGUCCUGUCCGCCGGCCUCAUUUUCGCUACACACCCCGUCCAUACUGAGGCCGUGACAGGCCUGGUGGGGCGGGCGGAUGUGCUGGCCUCCAUAACCUUCCUGGCGGCUCUCCUCUCCUACCACAGAGCGAUUGAGACCAACGUGGAAAACCGUGAAGGUGAAGAUGGCCUCGACAAUGACAAGGAACCAGCGAGAAGAGGCACAGGAGGCGUGGAAGGGCGGCGAGGCGGCUCAAUCUCAGCAGAAGCUGGAAACAGAAGUUGCGGGUUCCUUGUGGACAGCAGCAGGCGAGAUGGUACAAGGCUCCUGAAGGAGGAGAUAGGUGGUGGUGGUGGGGGCGGAGAUGAAGAGUGGGUGUGGAUGGUGAGGGUGGGGGUGUUAACAGGGGUGGGCACGCUGUGUAAGGAACACGCCAUCACCGCCCUCCUCGCUUGUGGUGCUUGGGAUCUUAUCCUGCACAGGAAACAUAUUAGCAGAGUACAGACCAGGCACUCCUUAACCAGACUCUUGAGAGCACUGCUACGGAGGGUCUACUGGCUGUGUUUCAUGGGAGGAGUGGUGCUGGUGUUCCGUGUGUGGAUGCUGAGUGGGACGUCACCAAGCUUCAGUGAUCAGGACAACCCAGCAGCCUUUGCUGCCUCUUCUUUAACCAGGCUGCUGACGUUCUUGUACCUGCCGGCGUUCAACGCGUGGCUGCUGGUGUGUCCGUGGCGGCUGGCCCACGACUGGCAGACGGGCGCCAUCCCGCUCCUUACCUCCCCCGCCGACCCCAGGAACCUCGCCACUCUCUUGUUUUACGCCGCCCUCGUCCUCAUCCUCAGAGCCGCCUGCCUCACCAAGUGUCAGGAGGGGCGGCCGGUGCUCCUGGGGCUGGCGCUGCUGGUGUUGCCCUUCCUUCCCGCCACCAAUCUCCUCUUCUCCGUCGGCUUCGUCGUCGCCGAGAGGAUACUAUACCUCCCCAGGGCGGGGCUGAGGACGCUGCCGAACAACGCAAAGAUGCACUACAACUUUGCCAACCUGCAGAAGGACCUCGGCAACACGGAACUCGCUAAGCACCAUUAUGCUGAAGCCAUUAG